AUGUCUGCCAACACCGAAACCACCUCCCAGGAUGUUCCCUCGGUUUCUUCUCAAGGAGCCGAGCCAACCUCACAACCCAAGGGUAAAACCGCCGUUGAGCCCACUGCUUUGGAUAUAGUACCGAACAAACCCAACUACAACAAAGAAUUUGAAGUUGAGAAGCCUUCUCCGGUUGCCGAUAGAGGGGUCGGUGUGGCCCCCUCCGUCGAGUCUGUUCCGGAGGAAGAAGCCUCCGUUCCGCCAUUUCCUUCAGCCGGGGAAGGACCUUCAGCUCCGGCUCUGCACACAGGUGGGGAAGAAGUUCUUUACCCGACUCCUCUAAGGUCAAUUGAAUAUGUUGACAUUUCAGGUGAUGCUUCAUCUGAGGAGACUCCCCUGCAAAGGACUAGAAGAGCCGGGCUCGACUCGACUGCUGAGGCCGAACAGAGAGUUGAGCCGGUCCCUGAGACCGAGGCUCCACAGGAUACCGGCUCACUGCCCGCUGGGGACCCAGCUUCAACAUCCGAGGCACCUGCUCCUACCGAGGCUGCUGGUGCUGUUCCGGCUUCCCCAACUCCAGCUUCGAGGUCGGAUAACUUUGAUGAUAUGUUCUCGGAUACUCCUCCUGCAACCGGGGAAGCUGCCGGUUUCGGACAUCUCCCUAUCCCUCGAGUCACGAGGGCAGCUAGUCGGUCCACCGAAACUGGUUCAAGAGAUAGCCUGAGUGUGGUGCUCGUCAAUGAAGCCUUCAUCCGUGCUCAGCAAGAGGUUGACGACCUUAAGGGCCAGCUGGAUGCCCAGGGUCGGGAAACGGAGAAGUUCCAGCAUCUUUUGCAAGUGAAGGAGGAUCAAUUGAACCGGGCAGCUGCCCUUUCCAACCUUCAACCCGAGCUCGAGGCAGCGAAGGCCGAAAAUCUUCGAUUAAAGGAUGAGUUGGCCGGAAUGGUCGAAAAGAACCGGCUCCUGGAAGCGGACAAGGUCGGCCUUAGCCAAGAUAAUGCUCUUUUUUCUUCGAGGCUUGGAGAACUCGAGGCCACUAUCUCUCAACUUCGGAGAGAGCUUGACUCGGUCAAGACUGAUGCCGUGAACAUGGCCGAGAGGCAUCGGCUGCUUGAAUCCGAGAAUGCUGAGUACAAGGACAAGUUGAGGGUAUUUGUGCAGAAAGCCGAGGAUAGAGCCCGGAUAUGCGACGAGCUCAAAACCAAAUUCGAGGAGACAGCCGAGGCCAAUGACCUCCUGAAGGCCGAGCUCGAGUCGGCUACUCAAGUUCAAAGAAUCCUCGAUGUCGAGAGAUCCGAAUUGGUGGACAAAUUGGCCCAGGCUGAGGCCGACUUGGCAGAAGCCCUUAAGAGUGUGGAAGCUGCCGAGGCUCAUACCACGAUUGCGGUGGAGUAUGAGCGGUGGAAGUCCCGGAGGGCCACCCUCGAGCAAGCUCAACAAGGUUUUGGGGACCUCCCGGCCCUGAUACUCGAAGCCAAAAAGAUCGAGGAAGAAGCCAAGAGAGCCCUCGAUACCGAUUCCGAGGAUUCCGAGCGGACAGUAUCCGAGCGUUCCGGUUCCAGCUGCACCGGAUAG